UUUUUUUUUUUUUUUUUACCAAAAAAAAAUUUUAUAAUUUACUUUGGCACAUAUUUGCAAAGCAUAAAGUUGAAUGGUGCAAACCAUUCGGCAACACCGCUACCGCUAGGCGAUGACAAACCGCAGCAGCAGUGGCAACGAAAUGGCCGCACGAUUCAUUUUUGUACAGUAGACAACGCUUCGGCCAAGUUCGGAAUUGCCGUCACCUUGUGAUUGUGUUAGCUACCCACUGACACUACUUUGUUGUUUCAUCUCGUAUGUUCUCAUACGUUUUCUUCGUCCACCUUUACCCGUACUCGCUAAACUCAACGUACUGUUUGCUUUGCCACUCGUUUGUUUUAUAUCAACGAAAUUAAACUCGUUUCGUUUCACGAGCGCAGCGCCACCACUGCCACUCACAAAAAUCAAGCACGUACGCGUUAUGAUCGAGACGCGCGUUUGCAAGCCGUCAAAUAUACAAUUUUCGAACUAAAGCGCACAUAUAACGAUUUCACUUGUCGAAUUGGUUUGACAAUGCUGGACACUCAAGUGAGAAAGAGAUAACUAACUAUUAUUGCUGACAUUAACCUACGUGUGUGUACUAAAAACGAAAACGAAACAAAAUGGCUGUCACAGCACAAGAUUUGGAAAUGAAAUCAAUUUCGUUGUGUAGGCAUUCCAACUAAGAUAAAUUGCCAUUAUUAUUUAGUAAAUGCACUUUUCAAUAUAUAUAUAUAUAUAUAUAUAUAUUAUCGAGUUCUAAUAACUUCGACAGGCUUGUAGCGAAAAUAUCAUAACGUUCGAAUUUGCAAUAAACACGCAGUGCACUUCAUGACAACGAAUUUAUUUCAUCAGCGAAUUUAUUUCAUCACAGCGAACAAGAGGAAUACCAAUUGCAGGGUGACCCAAAAUACAAACAAUUGUGCAAAUAUUUGAAAAUGGGUGCAAGACGUGAUGUUGCGACACUACUUCAGCGUGUGCGGGCUUUCCUGUUGGGACGUGAGCACACUCUUGCACUACGUUUCGAGGAAGGUUUAGCCGAUCGCACGCAACCACCCCCAGACUUGCCUGGUGGUCCAGCACAUUUAAUAGCUGCCAAUCUCUACUGUAAACGUGAUCCUCGCCGAGAAGUGCAACCGCCAAUUGAUCUUGUAAAGCAACAGUUGCUAGCUGACAAGGAAAGCGCUAAAACUGAAAAGUUACCAACACCUGGACCAGUUUAUCUUUGGGAUUAAAUUUUUUGAAAACAAACGAACUUCGAAAAUUUCGUGAUUUUUGUUUUGGAAAUAGACAUACAUAUAAAAUAUUGACUUUAUUGGCUUUGUGUUUAAAGGGCUAAAUUACGCUUACGAAAACCCAUUUGCCAACCCGUUUUUGAAAUUAAUACAACUCGCAAAGCCGGUACAACGUCAUCGCCUAAUGGUAGCAGCUCUAAUUGUUGUAUAAUGCGAACAAUAAUCGCUUUCAUUUCAAGCAUUGCAAAACGUUGUCCAAUACAAUUGCGCGGCCCAGCACUAAACGGCACAAAAGCAAAGGGAUUUUCAUUCACGUCACGUUCUGGCAAAAACCGGUCUGGCUGCGGAAAGUAGGCGGCAUCGUUUUGCAUUUCAUAAAUUGCCAAGAUAACGCUAGAACCUUUAGGUAUGCAACUGCCAUCUGAAAUACAAAUAUGUAGUAACUACAAUACACAAGUUUCCAAAA